AUGGAAUGAAUAAUAAUUGGGGAUUUGGCGCACCAAGAGAAGAGAAAAAGAAGAAGAAGAAGAGAGCAAAGAGUUUGAAAAUCGAAAGCAAUGGACGAUUACACAAGAGAGAUGAUGGACCUCAAAACCCUCGUCACUCGCACUCUCGAGAAGAAAGGCGUUCUCGCUAGGAUCCGAGCUGAAUUAAGAGCUAGUGUCUUUGAAGCUAUCGAAGAAGAAGAUCGUGUCAUCGAAAAAGAUCAAGCUUUGCCUCCUGCAUUGUUAGGUAGCUGUAACGAUCGUGCUAAACAGCUUCACGCUUCUCCUUCUGGUAGACUUCUUACUGCACUGGUAUGUGAAUACCUUGACUGGGCACAGCUCACUCACUCGCUAAAAGUUUAUCUACCAGAAUGUAAUUUGGAGAAAGAUUUUUGGAAGUCUGAGUUGAAAGAAUUUAGUAGCAAAAAUGGAUAUGAUCUUAAUAGAAAUGGAGACAGCCCUGUGCUCUUGGACGUGCUUGAAGGAUUCUUGAAAUUUGAGAACUUAUCCCAAGCAAGGGCUAGUGGUAGGAGGUUUACUACUUCAGAAACUGAGCCUUUGCCAAACUCAGAAUCACGGAACACGCGAAGACAUUCUUCAUCAUCUGUUGCUGGUGGCUUACCUCCACUAGGAAGGGCUGUUCCUUCAUCUCAAUCAUCCGAUAGAAGAGGAGGAUCCUCUGGAUCUGGAUAUAGGAAGGAUGAGUACAAUUGGCGAUAUGACAAUGAAGAACUCCCCGAAGAUGUAAUUCAAGCAUCAAAUGCUUUGGAAAAUCUUCAAUUGGACAGAAAAGCUAGGAAUCUAACAUCAUCUUGGCGACACGCUGCUGAUGAAACCAGCGAGGACGAUAGCAGGUCUGACCAUGCUUAGGGACAAUUAUUGCUUGUAUUGUAUAACCAUAUUCUGUUCCUGUAUUUUACUGUGUAUUCUGAAUUUUCUUCCUUCGGUGAUGAUUCAAUGAGCCCGAUUUUAUGUAAGAUUAUAUAUUGUGAUAUGAUUUAGUGUUUUAAGUGAGUUUUUUCCUCUCAAA